CCGUAUCAAUAAAAUAAAUCAAAGGUUUAUAGACACCAACGUCUUUCUCUCGCUUGUGAGUUACAAGCAAAACCCUUGAAUUGUGGGUUACGGUUCAUCAAUUGGUAUCAGAGCCUGGUUACGCAUCCUACUGGGAAGGGUAACAUGGUCCUGGACCUAGCCCCAUACCGCUCCCUUGCACGCAAUGCGAAGAUAACACUCGAGCAGACCAAGGUCGCCUGUGCGCAGCUAGCAAAGUCGCGUGAAAGGUUCACAACAUUCUGCCGCGAACGGGAGCUGAACGCCAACCGCGCAAUCAUCUUCAGAGGAAAGCGAAGCGACGACGUGGCCGCGUCGACGCCAAUGAACCUAGGGCGGCGGAGGAUAUCAAGAUCUCCGUCAACGAGAUCGUGGGAAGGGAAACAGUACGCAUCGGUGAACCUCACCGUUGCGAGGCUAUCAUCCUUCGAUCGGGAAGCUGCGAGAAGGAAGAGCUCAAAGCUAGAGCUCUCUCCAAGGAAGGAGACGACUGGGACGGGAAGAGGAGAUUGAUGGAGGAGAAGAGCUUAACGAUGACCUAGGUGCGCGGAGCGGAUAGUGAAAGCAAGAGCUUUUUGGGUUUGCUCCAACGGCCACUAUCAAUGCCAUAGGGUAGUGACUCACUUCUACUGUCACCCUAGGAAUCAGCCAAGUGGAACCACUUCCUAAAGCGUAGUAUAGCGGGUUUGGGUUUAAAUGUCAACCCGGGUCCUAGAUUUGAUGACUACUCAGUGAAUUCUUGUUAUCUAGCAAUGAAACUUUAAUGCAAGUCUAAACUAACAAACUAACAAAGCAAGUAAACAGUUGUAUUCAGGUUAAGAGAGGUCAUCCGGAUAUGGUUCCCCCUAGACUGCAGUUAAGCCGGAUUGUAAUUACCAAGUUCAGUUUCUAUGAUAGUUAUACUACGGAAGGUUCUUAAAUAGGAUGAAGUCUCGACUAAAGGUCUUCAGACCCUCUCAAUCUGAGUCUCUAGCGGGCGACUAACCUCCACCGGAGUAAACAGAUUGAGGCCCUAUGAACAAAACAUCCACUACCGGAGUGAAUCCGGUACAGAAUAGUGAGUUGGCUCCUCGACUAAAGUCACCAACUCCCUACCUUCAAUCAAGGAUGCUCUAUCAA